CCCCGGGGGCGGUGGCGCAGCGGGAGCAGCGGGGCCGGCGCGGCGGGCCGUGGCUCGGUGAGCGCCGCGGCGGCAGCAGCGUCGGGCCCUCCCGGGCUGGCGGGGGCUCCUCCCGGCGGGCUGCGUAAUGGAACCACUACAGGAACCAGUUGUGCAAGAAGAUGCAAAUAUUAAAGCUAUUAAUGAAGAGUACAGGAAGGCCUUUAUUUUUAUCAAUAAAGGACUGAAUACAGAUGAACUGGGUCAGAAGGAAGAGGCAAGAGAGUAUUAUAAGCAAGGACUUGAACAUUUGCUCCGAGGAGUUAGCAUUCCAUCUCAGGGUCCUGCGUGUGUAGGGUCCAAGUGGGAGUCUGCCAGGCAAAUGCAGCAGAAGAUGAGAGAGACCCUCCAAAAUGUUCACGCUCGACUUGGCCUUCUAGAACAAAAUACUCCACCUGUACAAGCUAGUCCUGCUGCGAGGGAUGCCCCUGCCGGGGUGCCCAAGUUGUACCCAUCCAUUCCUUCCAAAGAAAAGCAAGAAAGACCUCCAGCUCCUAAAUCCCUGUUUGUACCAAGUCAGCCACCUGCAGCAGAUGGAAACGUUGCAACUGUGAGCCAGGGGCAAAUUCCAGCUAUGAGUCCAUCAUCUGCAAAACCUCUUUGUCUGCCAAAUGAAGCACCUCCUGCCUAUACUCCUCAAGCUACCAAUGGCCAUUUUACUGUGUCUUACGGCACAGACUCUGGGGAGUUUUCUUCUGUAGGUGAGGACUACUACAGGAAGUGUACUCAGCCUCCACCCCUUGAAAACCUGGGAGUGGAUGCAGAUGAGUUGAUCAUGAUUCCCCAAGGAGUACAAAUAUUUUUUGUGACUCCUGAUGGGCAGGUUAGUGCUCCUUCAUAUCCUGGAUAUCUACGCAUUGUGAAGUUCUUGGAUGCAGAUGGUGAGGCAUCCCAGAAUCGUCCGCCUGCAUUUCUUCAGGUUUGUGACUGGUUGUAUCCUCUAAUGUGUAACCAGUCUCCCGUUCUGUGCUGCAAUACUGGAGUCUACAUGUUCCCUGACACAAUGUCUCAGAUACCAGGGUCUUAUGUGGGAAUAGUGCUGUCUUCAGAGCUUCCAGCAGCUGACAGAGAGCUCUUUGAGGAUCUCUUAAAACAGAUGUCUGACCUUCAGAUCCAGGUGCCAGGAUCCCAUCAGAAAUUAGGGUUAUCUUCAGAGCUCCCAGCAGCUGAGAGAGUGCAUUUUGAAGAUAAAUUUAAACAGAUGUCUGGCCACAAAGUCCAGCCUUCAGAAGCCUCUAGCGAUGCAGUUAACUUGUCUCAGACUGUACAUAUCCAACCACAACCUGAAGGAGUGGAAAAUGAGAAAGAGUUGCCAGAAUGGAGUGAGAAAGUCGCCCAUGGAAUCUUGUCAGGUGCAUCUUGGGUGAGCUGGGGCCUAAUAAAAGGAGCAGAAUAUACUGGUAAAGCUAUCCACAAAGGAGCUUCUAAACUGCGAGAACACAUUCAACCAGAAGAAAAACCACUGCAAGUCAACCCAACUGUAGCAAAGGGGCUUCAUGUAGCAAAACAGGCUACUGGAGGAGCUGUGAAAGUCAGCCAAUUCUUAGUUGAGGGAGUGUGUUCUAUAGCAAGCUGUGUUGGAAAGGAGCUGGCUCCACACGUGAAGAAGCACGGCAGCAAAUUAGUUCCAGAAUCCCUUAAGAAAGAUAAAGAUGGCAAAUCGACUCUUGAUGGUGCUCUGGUGGUGGCGGCAAGUGGAGUUCAAGGGUUUUCAACAGUAUGGCAAGGUUUGGAAAGUGCAGCAAAGUGCAUUGCUAAAAGUGUUUCAACUGAGACUGUAAAAACUGUCAAACACAAGUACGGAGAUGAGGCUGGCCAUGCUACAGACGACGCUAUGAAUUCUGCAAUCAAUGUUGGUGUAACAGCAUUUAACAUUGACAAUAUUGGCAUCAAAGCUGUUGUAAAGAGAACUGCAAAGGAAACGGGGCAUGCUGUGUUAGAUGAAUAUAAAGUAUUAGAUAAUGAGAAGAAGGAUAAAAAAUGAAAGCAAUGAAAAUUUUUCAAAGCCUUACACUGCAGAUGAAGCUUCCUAUUUAGAACUUAACUGUAUUGCUAAUCUGCGAUUUAACACACUGUACUUUUCAAUUGAUUGUUAAUUUGACAUGAAAAUAUAAAAGUAGGAAAGGCAGAUCUAGAAGGAAAAAUGAAAGUCGUCUUAACUUGUUAGUCUAUAUUGAACAAGGGUUUUCAGCAACUGGAUGGACAUGAGUUUGCAGUUAAACUUGCCUCUGUAAGCACUUUUUCAAAAUACAACACAGAAUAACAGAAUAAUAUAAAAAUAAUGAAUAUUUUUGUAAUGCUUUAUAUUUGUAAAGAAGGUGGUGAUGCAGAACAAGUAGAAUUACUAAUUCUGGAAUAAACAGCACUACUAGUGUUUUUUUUUUAACUAUUCUUAAGAGUUAGUUUUACUAAAACAGCCUUGUCUUAAUAUGCACUAUAAUAAGCUUUGUAUUUCGUUGUUUUGUAGAGAAAUUCCCUUUUUGGCUUCCAAACAGCUAAUCUUGUAAAAACUUCGUGUUAGAAGAAAUGAAAGAUGAACCUCAGGUAAUUAGGUAGUUAUUCCCUUCAAAACUUUUUUUUUUCCCCAGCAUAUAGGCAAACCAAAGAUACCAAGCAUUUUUUUCUAAAAGAGAGGGUAUUUGCAACUCUAGAAAAAUGUAUUCUGCAGUUGACUCCAUGAGGAAUAUACAAUGAUUCUUUGAGAUUUUUAUGUAGAGAGGAUAAGUAUGUUUUUUGCAUAAAUUAUUUUUCUGUAAAAACAUUCUGUAGAGGACCCUAUAGGAACUACUAUGCAUUCUGCACUUUUCAUCCAGUCCAGAGAUUCAGAGUAUAUAUUAUGGCCUCCUAAGGAAAGACAGUAUUUAUUUGCUUCAAGAAGUAGUUCUAGCAGUCAGCAUCUUUAUUCCAUUAAAUUCACAGUUGCACAAGUUAUGCCUUUAAAGGGUAUGAAUAUAAGACCUUUUAAUGAAGAGAUGUGGGUGGAAUAAAAUAGACAGUACUGUGUAGGCUUUUCAUCCUGUUUGUAGUGCAGUGUGAAAUAACUGUGUAGAACCUUUGAGAUGUUUUUACAGAGCUAUUUACUUAACAGUUCACUAUUGAGUUUUAAAGCUGCUACAUGUUCUAACACUGGCUGGACCUGCAGCAAACAGAACGCUAUCAAUUUACAUCUUAUCUCCAUUUCAUGUAAAUGGAGAAGAUAACUAUAAAUGCUUGUUAGCAAAUGAUACGUGGAUUAGAUUGAAAAAAUACAGGACAAUUAUAGGUGCACAUCUUGUGGUAACUACUGUACGUGUUUAUGUAGGGUGAGAAAUGUGGAACAAAAGGAUCUAACCACUGGAAGUGUAACUUUGAUUUAUGGAAAUAAAGAUUAAUUUAAAAUUGGUUAA